AUGGAAAAUAGUCACAAAGAAUCAAAACUGAAGAAGGAAGAAGGAGAUAGUGAAGCCACCAUCCAAAUAUGGAAACACAUAUUUGGUUUCUCUGAAAUCGCGGUUGUAAAAUGCGCCAUUGAGCUUAAAAUUGGCGACGCUAUUGAAUGCUACGGAAGCCCCAUGACACUGUCACAAUUAUCAUCAGCCUUAAACUGCUCUUCACCGCUCCUAUAUCGCAUCUUGAGAUUCCUCAUAAGGCGUGGAAUUUUCAGAGAAGAAACAACGCCUGAAAAUCUCACAGCCUAUGCUCAAACGCCUUUGUCUCGGCUGCUCACCACCAGCGGCGAGAGCAGCGUGGCGCCCUUGUUUCUGCUAGAGAAUGGCCCAGCAAUGCUGGCGCCAUGGCACAACCUGUGCGCAAAAAUCAAGGGGGUCAGUGACGUUUUGCCAUUUGAGGCUGCUCAUGGCAGCGACUUGUGGGGCUAUGCUGCGGCUAAUCCAACGUACAACACGUUGUUUCAUGAGGCCAUGGCUUGCGGUGCUAGGCUGAUUCAUGUGCCUGCAAUACUUGAAACUUGUGGAGAGGUUUUUGAAGGAGUUGGAUGUUUGGUGGAUGUGGGAGGAGGGAAUGGAACUAGUUUGAGCAUGAUUGUGAAGGCUUGUCCAUGGAUUCGUGGUAUCAACUUUGAUCUUCCACAUGUUGUGGCGGCUUCGCCGGAAUAUGAGAAUGUGCAGCAUGUAGGUGGCAGCAUGUUCAACUAUGUCCCGAAGGCCGAUGCUGCUUUUCUCAAGUGGAUUCUACAUGAUUGGGACGAUGAAGAAUGUAUCAAAAUUUUGAAGAACUGCAAGGAAGCCAUUCCAAAAGAUACAGGGAAGGUAAUAAUCGUAGAAGCAGUGAUUGAUGAAAAAGAAGAAAGUGAAGUAUCCGAUGUGAGGGUUAUGGUAGAUAUGGUGGUAAUGGCUCAUACCAAAAACGGCAGGGAACGAACAGCCGAGGAAUUGGCCCAUGUGCUUAACAAGGCUGGUUUUAGUCGACACACCAUUAUAUCCAUUGGAGGUGUCCCAUCUGUUAUUCAAGCUUUUAUAUGAUAUAAACAGAAUGGGAUUUGGGAAAAAGUUUUCAAUCAUAAUUCUGGAAUAAGGUGUGUUCUAUAUAAUAUUAUAAUAAAAAUUGUGUUGGCCCUCGUCCAUUCUAUACCAUAUA